UUUCGCUUCGGCUUCGAAUUCGCACCGCCGCCCCCACCGCGUAACGCUUUCGCCUAUUCCAACGCCAGCGCGGACGCCUCCGUUCAUUUCGCAUUAUCGCUGGAAAGCGGAGGAGCUCUCAUGGUGGUUGGUGUGAUGGAUGAAAACCAAGAGGCCUGCCCUCCUCCUUGGGUUAGGGUUCCUUGAGGUCGAUGUCUCCUUCAUGUCGGAGCGCGAUGGAAGGACUGACUGAGGCCGUCGUCUUCGUCGUCGGGAGAUGGGAUGUGCGAGUUCCAAGGCGGAGGAGCAGUCAGAGUUGAUCGCACUUUGCCGUGAGCGGUUGGAGCUCAUUCGCGCGGCCAGGGACCGCCGUCACGACCUCGCCCGCGCCCACCUCGCCUACUUCCGGGAACUCGCCGCCGUCGGAAACGCGUUGCAUCGCUUCGUACGGGAGGAGCUGGCGCCGGCCUCCCUGCCAUCGGGCUCUCCUGUCCUCAUCCUUCCCCCCGGGGACGGCAAGGGGAAGCCGCGUUCGGGCCCUCUAGCCGCUGCCGCCUCCGUUUCCUCAUCGGCGACGUCGCUCUCGCAUUCUAUCUCGCUGGAGGAUUCCCACCUUCCGCUUUCCUCCGGGUCGGGGUCGAGAAACGGCGAAGAAAGUGAUGCGGGAGGGAAGACCGAGAACAGAGGCGGCGUUGAUGAUGCUAAACAACAGGAGCUGCCUUCCUCCAACCUUCGUGACUUCUCUCACAGUCCUAGUUCUUCCUACAUGAGGUCAUCCACGGCGAUCCCCACGUUGAUAUACGAGGAUCCAUUUGCUCCGAUUUGGACGAAUUCUUCACACAAUGAAUAUGGAUAUGGAUUUGACUAUCCUUCCUAUGGUUUUCCAAUAGGAUCUCCGUCUCAUGGCAGAGAGGCUAUGAUGACUGGUACAUCCGUGCCUCAAGUCGACCCUGGUACUCCUCCUCCUCCAGCUCCGGAAUCCUCUGUUUGGGACUUCUUUGAUCCCUUCGUUUCCUAUGAGGAGUUCAUGCCCGAUUAUUCCGGAGGAAAGCUUGGCGUACGCUCCUCUGUUAGCAGUCCUGACUUAAUGGAGUUGCGGAAGCAGGAAGGUAUUCCUGAUCUUGAGGAGGUAGCAGAGGUGGAACCUAUGAAAUUGACAAAUAAAAAGAAAGGAGAUGAUGAUUCAGGAGUAAGAACAACAGUUGGAAACUCAAAUUUAUUUUCUACUCAAGCAAUGGGACAGAAGGAUGAGAAGGCUGCACAAAUCGGGUUGGCAGAUAAAGAAAAAAGUUCAGCAAACAGUAAAGUGAAAAGCAAUGACGGCGAUGAAGGAUCUAGUAGGAACAAGAACACGGUGACGUAUAAGGGUAGCUCAUAUUUGACAGACGAGAGUGGGCCUAGUGGUGACAAAUCCUUGUCUGCACGAAGUGAUGCACAGACACUGAUGUUCCAGGGUCCGAGGGAUAUGAUGGAGGUUGUGAAAGAGAUUAAGGAUCAUUUCUCGUCAGCUACUGAUUGUGGUGAAGAAGUAUCAACGACCCUCGAGGUGGACAAGUUGCCAUACCGGCCACGAAGCAGAAGGCAUAGAGUCAUUUCCAGGUUCUUUUGUCCCAUGACUCUACGUGUAUUGAUUCAUUCACAUCCUUUCAAGCGGUCAAAACAUUCAAUUGUAAGUACAAAGCAAAAGGCUAGCAAUUCAAAUAACCAUGUGGCUGGAAUAUCUAGCAGCCUUUCAUCCGUUUUGGAAAAGUUGUAUUUAUGGGAGAAGAAACUCUUCACAGAAGUUAAGGAUGAAGAAAAGCUACGGUUCCGCUAUGAGAAGAAGUAUAAACGUUUGAAAGAUUUAGAUGACAAAGGGGAAGACAACUCCAAGAUUGAUUUGGCCUGGGCAUCAGUAAAAGACUUGCAUGCAAAAUUAAGCAUUAUCAUUAAAUCAGUCACCAAUAUCUCAGACAAGAUGCACAAGAUUAGAGAUGAAGAGUUGGGGCCCCAACUUAUCCAAUUAAUCCAAAGUUUGGUAAGAAUGUGGAAGUCUAUGAUGGAUUGCCAUCAGAAACAGUUGCAAGCUCUGGUUGGUUGCAAAAACUAUAAUCUAGUUAUUAAAAGAAAGUCUGGAACAACGGCUACAAAAGAAUUGGAGAUGGUUUUCCUAAACUUGUGCAAAUGUUUCAACAACUGGAUCAGCAUUCAAAAAUCAUUUGUAGAAGCGCUCAAUGGAUGGCAAAUGAAAUGGCUUCCUCAAGAACAAGAACUAACACCUGAUGGUCUUGCUCCUUUCUCUCCAACCAGGAUUGGAGCUCCAUCCGUAUUUAUUGUCUCCAAUGAUUGGUAUCAUGCAAUGAAGUGUAUUUCGGCUGACAAGGUUCUUGAACGAAUGCGAUCUUUUGCAGAAACUGUCCACUUAAUGUGGGUGAGUCAAAAUGAAGAACAAAACCAAAGACUAGAAGAAGAAGAGCUGUCAAAGGCCUUUAAUACAAGGGUUAAAUCUAUGCAGGUAAAGCAGGAUAAUGGGCAUCUAGAAAUUGUAUCAGAAAAUAAUGAUCUUAUGGAUGAAAAUGAUGAAUCCUUGAUGGCAAUAAAAAAGAGACUUGAUGAGAAGAGAGAACUACACAAGGAAACUCUGAUACGGCUUGAAAAAAUUGUUUCCAAUAUUUUUCCUACUUUAGUUCCAACAUUUGAAGAAUUGGGUACUUUUACGUCUGAAGCACUGAAAGCAUACAAUGGAAUCAGAGUCACCAUGGACACGCAGCAACAUAACAUCCAGAACUGAAGUUUGGGCAAUAGUGGACUGGCAACCCAACCUUCCGAUGGCAACUAAACAGGUGUUCAGAAUUCAUUGGUUGGCUGAUCGUAGUGAAUUUAGAGGUUAGCAAUUAACGUUAGCCUUUUUGUUAAUAUAUAUGCACUUAAAAUCUCUCUGUAUAGUUGUCUUCGAGCAAUUCUUAUUCUUUCCUAACUAAAGCAUCCAAGGGUAUUUAGAAUUUUGUUUUCUUGCUUCGUUAUAAGGAGACUUCUGCAUCACUAAAUCAAAGGGCAAAGUGGACCUAUUAUGUUUGAAAA